AGCUUAACUCGGGAAAGCAACCGACUCCCGGAUGUGACAUAUGAUCUCGCCUCAGUCACACAGAGAUGCUUUUAUUUUCAGGUUUAUCUUAUUGAUUACUAAUCAGUUUGGUCUUUUAAAUGGUCUAUCAAACGGCGUAAGAGGGGACAGCCAUGGGUAAAGGUUGUAAGGUUGUGGUUUGUGGUAUGGCAUCUGUGGGGAAAACAGCAAUCCUGGAGCAGUUACUGUAUGGCACUCACAUUGUAGGGGCAGAAACAAGUGACACUCAAGAGGACAUAUAUGUGGCAUCUGUUGAGACGGACCGUGGUGUGAGGGAACAGUUACGCCUCUAUGACACACGAGGACUGCGGGAUGGUCUGGAUUUACCCAGACAUCUCUUCUCUGUGGCUGACGGCUUUGUUCUGGUCUACAGUGUGGAUAGUCUGGACUCUUUCAAAAAAGUCGAGCUAUUGAAGAAAGAGAUUGACAAGUCCAGGGACAAAAAAGAGGUGAUGGUGAUCGUCUUGGGGAACAAGUCUGACCUGCGGGAGCGUCGUCAGGUGGAUCAGGACGCAGCGCAGCAGUGGGCGCGUGGGGAAAAGGUCAAACUGUGGGAGGUGAGCGUGGCAGAGAGAAGUUCUUUAAUCGAACCCUUCACCAACCUUACCAGCCGCCUCACGCAGCCCCAAAGCAAAUCCUCCUUCCCUCUGCCCGGCCGUAAAAGCAAGGGCACGCCCUCCAAUGACAACUGAACACCUGCAUCACCAGCUUCAGGCCUGUUUCCUUAAUUAAGAAGUUAAAGGGCUUUUAACGGUUAGUUAGGUGCAGCUAUAUUUACACUUAUAAAGCACUGCAUUAAUAAAGUACCUCGACUGUACUAGGUGGUGUGACAAGUAGGUGCAAUGUCCUCAUCCAGUUUGAUUGGCUUGGUAGAGUGAAUAUCAAAAAUUUUAUAAAUUACAAAUUAUCUUUAGAUCAAUAGAAAGUUAGUAAUCAUUUCAAAUGAGCUUAAAGUUAUUAAAACAAAUACUACCCUGACGUACAGUAUAAAUACUAAACAAUUAUGUUUUCUUUGCGUUACAUUAAUAAGAGUUUGGAGCAAUAACUUUCAUCUUGCGCUCAUUGUGAAAUGUCAUCUUUCUUUGUAUUUGGAUCUCAAGAGAUUUACUUAUUUAUAAGCGUACUGUAUAAAUAGCUGCCAUGUAACUAUCAGUAGUAAUAUCGUAAUACUGUGUUAAGUGUGUAAUGUCUUCCAGUGCUAUGUCCAAGACUCACCAUAAUCCUAGAUCAGGUGAUCUGCGCAUUUCAACCCAAUAAUGAUUAUGUUGUGAUGCUUUAUUAGGCUAUUGUUUUAAAUGGCUUAUCUGUGUACUAGAGAAUACAUUUUAAGUUAUCUCUGUGGCUUAAUGAGUAAGACACAUUACUAUUAUUACUGUGUUUUCCUAUUUAUAUCAUCCAAAUAAACAUGUUUAAUUAAUGA